CAGCCACGGGAGCACGAUUUGGUCUGCUUUUACUGCUGCUCUCUCUCUCCCCAACUCUUUCCUGACUCACUCUCCGUUCCGAGUUUAUGCAUCAUCAUGGCUAUUUCUCAAAGAAAACAAAACUCACUUCCAACAUCGCUUUCCCCCACCAACUGACUCACACACCACCGUGGUCCACUUACUUACACACGUACAUAUACAUAUGUACAUUCACUUCAUUGAGCUGGAUGGCUGACGUAGAAGACUUUCAUCGUCGUCGUCGUCAACUCCUGUUUGCUUCGACAGGCACAAGUUAAAUUAAUUUAAGUGACACGUGACUUAAUCUAAUUAAAUUCUACGGAAAGACACUAAACUCUUCAGCAUUCGUGAUUUUAAUUUUCUCUUUCCUGAACGCCACAUGCAUUAGUUGGACGUCCAUGCGGGCUGUUCAUUAUCGGAACACACAACGGGACAAGUGCAUUGCUUAUGGUGAGAUUGUUUUAAUUUGAACUGCACGGCAGAAAAAGAACUUACAUUGCAAUGGAUGAGAAAAACGAGUGUAAUUUUGUAGGACGUUGCUACUAUAUCCUUCCAUCACAAGAGCUCUCGAUCGGACAGACGAGAAGUCUUUGAAGUUGUUUUCCACGUCCAUUCUCCUCAUCCAAAACAAGUACUGAACUGCUUGACACUCAUCCACUCCUCUCUUCAUCCACUAAUUGCGCAAUGGUAAAAGUUCUGUUGGGAGAAGUUUAUCUGGGCUGUUCUCAAGUGAAAAUGGGAUUUGUUGGGAUUUUACACCUUGAACCUAUAUCAGUAUAUUGAUCGUGGUGAAUCAAGCUUAAAAAAUAAUUCAUCAUGUAAAAUUAUAGAUUGAAAGAAACUGAGGAACAUGAUAGUUUUUUUAAAUGUUGAGACUUGUAAAUCUAACAUGUACAGUUUCACUCGCAUCAUCAUUGUCGUGGUUGAGUUUGAUUUUGCCAGCGAAAAAGUGGAGGACUAGCAGUGAGUAAGUGUGGUGACUUACAAGAAGAAAAGCGAGUGCGAGUGAAAGCGCCAUGAGUUAUCUGCUAAACCACAUAGACAACAAUCGGAGUGAAGAUGAUCACAUCAAUCGAAUUUUUCCCAAGUGCAAGCCCAGAGCAUCCUCGCUGUCACUGUCCCCUUCCCUUCAACACGUCACCACUCUCGUUGGCUCUCCUUCAUCCUACUCAACCACCUAUGCUUCAGACCUUUGUCUGACGUCCACCAACUACUCGCCUUCUCCCAACUCGAACCUUAAAGUAGUGAAUAACUCGAACAAUUUAUCCCCGCAGAACGCGAACAACAGUCUAAUCCAAUACUCAAACAGGAGACAUUCUUCCAACUCGAACCAGUUUAACGAUGGAGUAAGCUCCGCAUCAUCUUCUCAGCAAAGCCUGUGGAAUCCAGAAGAGUUUACCGUAUUUUCUUCUCACCAGACACAGCUUAUUAAUGAAAAUAAUAAUCCGGCAGCCAACAGUGACAAUUAUUCGUGGACAAACAGUUUCCAAACUUUAAAUCAUUCCGAGCACGCUUUAUUCUCUCAUUCGACCACGGAUCCGGAUCCACCAACCACACCUGGAUUUACCCCUUCGAAAAACAACAACUGUGAAAGUCACACAAACAAUCACCAAAAAACGUCGACAAAGGUUUACCAUAAAUGUGAUAGAAAUAAAAGUGGGAAUAUAUCCAGCAGUAUUCUUCCAAACUAUCAGCCUCGGAGUGUUUCCGAGUGUCGCAGUUCCACCAGUCAGACAAGCAAGGCUUCGUGUGGAGUUUCAGAGUCAAACUUGUCUUCUGUGAUAUCAUCGCAUAAACCACCGCCGAACGACAACGUUGGGCUAUGUAGUGCAAAACCUGUGACUGCAGCAGCACACGAGCCUAUAUUAUUAGGACCAUCGCGAAAGAUGGAGCACAACUCGGUUGAGGAUAAUUUUGACAAUGGGAUAGGGAGUGGGUGUAGUAGAAGUAGUGGUGAAAGUACUCACAGCACGAGUGAUUUCAGUCUCGUGUCUCCAGUAGCAAAUAUCCGUGAUCGUGUAGCUUCCGGCACUACUGGUGGAAUUAAGGGGCACACAAAUUUAUCAUCCCAAAUUCUCCCAUCGCCCUCCAUGGGAAGUCUCCGUGAUUCUCGAAUAGAAAUUGCUGGUGGUCGUGAAGUCUACUCGCAAAAUCGAAUAAGAGCCAAUCGCAGACAUCGAGGCUCUUCACAUACAAUUUCUGCGGCCGAAAUGAUGGCUGCUGAAACUGCUCCCUCUGUUUUACCCGUCGUGGCCACCAAAAUGCGCAAAAAAUCUCUUCAUUCGCACACCCCCUAUUAUCAACACCAACAGCAGCACCACCACUGUUGUCCCCACCACUCGAAUAACCAGUGUUGUGGUAGCUCCAACAACACCACCCCCACCGCCAGCAGCAACAAUUGCACAGAAGUUGUUUUGCCACCCCAUGGUUUGGUUUGGGAACCCAAUAACCACACGACAUGUCGAAGAGCGACAGAGGUGCUUGCAGGGAGCCGACAACAAUAUCUCAGUCAUAGUCAAUCCUUUGGAGGUACCACGGCUCACAUCAAUUGCACAGGGGGAGCAACGUCAUGUGGAUGUUGUGGACAUGCUCAUGGCAAUUUUGACUACCCAAAAGUGGUGUCCACAAGUUCCGAGUUUGAUGAAAACCAUCGAAUAUGUAGAAACAUUCCAAAACUUAACAACAGUUCGCCAACUUCGCCGCUGACUCUGAGAGAAACUGUUUUUGCUUCUGAAGUAAGAUCCAUUGAAAAGUUGACCGCUCGGGGGCCCCAGGCAGCAUCAGGAGUAGCAGCAGUAGCAGACAAAAAAUGUAGUAGCCUGUUACAUGGUGAAUUGGAAAGUCCGUGUCGAACCCAGCCCGUCAUUUAUGAAGCUGUGGUUGGGGACGGGAAAGUGGUAUUUGACGAUAUUGGAGAGUGGCAAGAGCAAGUGGUUGCUGACACUGGUGGCUACGACGGUGGGGACGAGCAUGACACCAGCGUAGAAUCUCAAAGCUCCAAGAAAAGACAAAUCCAAGCAGAAGUAGCAGCAGCAGCAGCUUCUUCUGUCGUCUCAAAAGACAAGAAGGAUCAUUUAGGUGCCUCUGCAGCAGCAGCGCAUACAAUCCAACGAUCCAAUAAUAAAAGAUCCACAAUAUUCGGUUCGAAUAAUGUAAUGGAUCCCUCAGAAUGCUCUCCUUGUGCAUCUCACAGAGAUGGAAAUACCACUCCAAGCGGUUAUGAAAGUGAUGAAUGUUCCGCGUCUGUUUGCACCAACACGUCAAUUCUCUCCACCACAAAUUUUAAGACCAUUAGUCCGAAUUGUGGUACGAGGAGACUCAUUGGAAAUAUUCCAAUUGCAGAGUACGACAUGUCACCAAAACGGUACGGCCUAAAGCAAUCAGUGCAACCAGUGACUACGCAUUUCGAUCUGAUUGACGUUGACCUGGGAGUUGCAGUAAGUCGGGAGAAUGAUCAAGUAAUUAAUGAUUCCAAUCCACAAACCCUUCUGGAUCAAACCAUCGCUGCUGCAACCUCAUCGUCUUCUUCUUCCCUUGAUAACACAAACACUAACGAUUGCUCAAAUUCUAGCAGCAGAACUAAUAACCGUAUCAGCCCAAGUUUGUCGCCUUCUCAACCAGUCUCAUCUUUCUCUGCUCGAUUUCCCGGAUUCCCACAACGUGUCAAUUCCUCCUCGUCUUCAACACCCAGUCAAGAAAAUACUCGAUCUCAGCAGCAACAACCACAACAACAUUGCCCAUUCCGAGACUACUCGGAAUCAAACUUAGUGGCUGGAACUAAUCAUGAAUUAUUAUCAUCAGUACAUGUCGACUUACCCACGAUCAGCAACUCUGAAUCUCACUCUAUUAGCAGUAAUAAGAAGAAUGGGGAAAUGUUAAGCGAAGCAUCCUACUUGGGUUACAUGCCAUCCAUGACAGCAAAUAUUUCCACGACCACCACCUCCAGCAACACUGAUCAACUGGUUCGAAUCGAGGCGUCAUCGUCAUCACCUAGUCGACCAGGUGGAUCCCUUUGUGUCACCAGCACGACUGCCUACAGCCAACCCCACUCCUCGUCCUUAGACCAACAACAACACGCUUCUUCCUCUUCUCUGCAUUGCAACUUGCUGGAGGAUAAUUUCAUGACAAAUCCAACUCAAGUGGUGCAAUCCUCUGCAACCAACCCACGUAAUCAAGACUUUCUCUAUGAAUUUAGUGAAACAAGGAAGGUUCUCGAAGAGUUUUUCAACGUGGGUGGAGGAGAGAACCAGAGCAUUUGCCGCGGUGGCAGUGGCCAUUUUCUUUCCGAUAAAGCGAGUUUUGAUGAAUUGGACUAUAUGUUGAAGAGACAGACUGGGAAUUCGUACGUUGGCUCCAGAUUGGCCAGUGACAUUGCUGGAAAUUUGCUUACAGAAAGUUCGCCCAAGAAGCCUCCGCGACGGGGGGUUCUCCUUUUGGGGAGCAGUGAUGGGGACGGAAGUGAUGAAAAAGGCUCACCCAAGCUGAUUUCAUUUCAAGAAAUUUCGCUACCACAGCUGCAUUCCCCACACCAACAAUAUCACAGCAGCAGAACGUCUCAAUCUCUCACAACUUGUUCCUCCUCCUCCGCACGCUCUCCUCGCUCCUCUCUUAAUAAAACUCAUUCUCGGUCUCAAUCUCAAUCUCCUCCACCUCAAGGGGAUCCCGGAAGAGAUAUAAAUGAUAAUGAUAUUGAAGCUGAAACUGCUUCCACUAACACGGAAACAGAUCUUGGGGAAACUGAAGUGGGUCUCCAAGUUGGACGUGGCGGUGGUCGAAACUUUGCUCUCUCUCCAGAAACCACAGACGACUGUGAUUCCAAUGAGCUGGAAAGUGAACUUUCACUGGAUUACGAAGCCUCACUCCAUUCAUCUUGUCGUACUGGUGGACCCGUGUCCAGACCCGUUGUGAUGCAACAACAUGGACUGUCAUCAGGAAAUGAGUCCGAGAAUGAAGAUAUAAUUGAAGUGGAUGUUGAAUUUCAGGAGGACCACUGUUACUUGAUGGGUGGCAGUAACAUUAAGUCUGGCUUCACAAAGAGACAAGCUGAUACGCUACCCGAUGCCAAAUUGUAUCGUGAGGACAACAAGGAAAACAUUCUUGAUAUUGUGAAACCAGACAAUGGUGCCAGCGACAUUCUCUCAUGGUCAAAUUCUGACGAUUUGAUUGCGAAUAUCCACCAAGAUGAGAACAAAAUUAACUCUGUAGAUCCAAACCCAACACUUAUGCUAAUGAAAAAACAAAUCUCUGAAAUUGAAAAAGAAAUCCAAAUGCGAGCUUCACAACAAAGUCAUAAAAGUCAACCAAACGGAGGGGGUGCAACUCUAGUCGAUACCGAAAUUGAAAUGAAUGAUCAAACCGAGUUACCAGAAACUGCGUCAAAUAAUUCACACGGUCUCAACAAUAUUGUCGGAGGUAGCAGCAGUGGAAGGCUGAAUGGACCAUACCAAUUAACAACGGCGGUUUCACGAAAAAAUCCGUUUUCACAGCCAGAGGAUUCAAUGAACGAUGGAGGACAAGAGACCGUUCCAGCCAAUCAUGAUCCAGAGUUGGAUGCCUUAGACCCAAUGCGACCAACACCGCCACCCUCGCCAGCACCUGGCUCAAUGAUAAGAGACAACAAUCACUAUCCUAGUAGUUCGUGGAAUACAAACCCAGAGGCUGGAAAGAAUGUCACAAACUUUGAUCAUCAGUCGUCCUCCUGCACCCACACUGAAAACAGAGCCGAAUCUAUUUGUAUAGCCGGGAACGUAUCUUCCUCAAGUGGAGGAAUGCAGCCAUCGACAUCAAGCUCACCCCCUUCAGCUUCCUCCGUCACCGCAGUCAUCCAGGACAUCAAAGAAGCGAUUCAGAAGGCGAAACCUUUGCCCCAACCGAGACAUUCAUCUGCCAGCACCUCCACCCCAAUUGCGGUCUCCACACCUUGUAGUAGCUCUUAUUCGAGAUCUGGUCUUAUAGAUGUCCAACAAUCUCCUGGGCCUCAAGAACGUGUGCCUCUAAUCUGUGAUUCAUCGCCUGUUUGGGUUCCUCGGAAUCCUAGAUCCGGUCGUAAUCGGGAUCCCAGGGUAGACUCGCAAGGUGCAAAGGACCCUCUGCUUAAGAAGCAGCGAUAUGACGCUCCUGAGGAUGAUGCAAACACGGAUACCGAUACGGAGACGGACAGAUUGUUAGGACAAACCAGGACCGAAGACGACUGUGGAUUCUUUGAUGAAAAGAAGGACUGGAAAAAGCCAAAGUCAAGGACUCUCUUGCCAUCGCUGAGCAAAGGAGUUGUCAAGUCAGCAACAUCUCCCUCCCAAGCUCCACUUUUGUCGACCUCAGCCUCCAUCGCCGGUGGAGGGAGCAACUCAAUCUCGUCUAAUUCUUUUAACACGACUGCCAUUAAUAACUCUUUCGCCAAUGCCAACAAUGUCUCUUCGACAGCGACCAUCAACUCCUCAUCCCAGCAUUUGAUCCACCCUCUCUCUCCUUCGACCUCCUUCGACGACUCUCAAGUGCAAUUGGCCCCUUCAAUUGGCUCCAAUAAGUCCAAAAAGCAGGAGAAGGACGGAGCCAAGAAAAAACGGAGCAAGGAAGAUUUUCUUAAAACACCAUCAGUGCUGAUUGAAGGAGUGCUGUUUCGUGCGAGAUAUUUAGGCUCCACACAAUUGACAUGCGAAGGACAACCCACGAAGGCGACGAGGAUGAUGCAGGCAGAAGAGGCCGUGUCCAGAAUUAAGGCCGAAAGCAAAGUCACAAGCGAAUGGAAACAUGGUCCCUCUCCUCCUCCUCCUCAUAUUUCCAGUAAGAUUGCUUCAGGAUCGCCUUCAAUUUCCAAUCCACCUUCUGUAGCAAAAGAAUUAGAAAACUCAACGGUUUGCUCUUUGAAUGUGUUGAAAAAUGUGGAAGACGGAGGUUCAGCAGGGAAUGGGUGUGAGGACGCCUACGACUAUGGACCAGAGGAGGAAGACGCAAGUUGCAGUGAUGGAGAAAGCGUCGUCGUGGAUGAGAACUUGUUUGAUAAUAAAGCUGAUGAAUCCCGUGGCCCAGUAGUAUCGUUGCAAGACAAUAAAGGGACGAGGUUGCCGCUAUUUGAAGAUAUUCAUGGUUCUUCAAAUGACUCCAAGAUUCUUGAUGAUCGUUCUCAUCCACUGUCGCUGAGUCAUAUUCGAAAAUUGAGUAAUGGGGAAACUUGCUUAAGCGGUGGUGUGAGUCCUCCAACUACUUUCCUGAAUUUGAGUCCCCUUAGUACCACUGCACUGCCUGGUACCAUGUUUCGACUCAGAUUUGUGGGCUCUAUUGAAGUUGACGAGGAAAUUGGCAGUGGUAAACGACGACGGAAACGACCUAAGACGACGACGAAAAAGAUCAUGGUUGAAGAAGCCGUCAUGAAAAUGAAGUCCAUGGCUCCUGAAGGAGAAACACAGCCUAGCACUGAAGUUGAUCUGUUUAUAUCAACGGAAAAAAUCAUGGUUCUUAAUACUGACUUGAAGGAAAUAAUGAUGGAUCAUGCGUUGAGGACGAUUUCAUACAUAGCAGACAUCGGAGAUUUGGUGGUAUUGAUGGCAAGAAGACGACCGGUGCCCACCGACCCCAUCGACGACUCGAAACCUGCUCGUCUCCCUAAGAUGAUUUGUCAUGUUUUUGAAAGUGACGAUGCUCAAUUUAUUGCCCAGUCCAUCGGCCAAGCCUUUCAAGUUGCGUACAUGGAAUUUUUAAAAGCAAACGGUAUUGAGGACAGCAGUUUUGUUCGGGAAAUGGACUAUCAAGAAGUGUUAAAUUCGCAAGAAAUAUUUGGGGAUGAGUUGCAGAUGUUUGCAAAGAAAGAAUUACAGAAAGAGGUUGUCGUUCCAAAAUCCAAGGGCGAGAUUUUAGGAGUCGUAAUUGUAGAAUCAGGGUGGGGAAGCUUGUUGCCCACCGUUGUUAUUGCCAAUCUUGCGCCAGCAGGAGCCUCGCUAAGAUGUGGUCAGCUUAACAUUGGGGAUCAAAUCAUAGCUAUUAACGGCGUUAGUCUUGUUGGCCUUCCGCUGUCUACGUGCCAAAAUUACAUUAAGAACACGAGGAAUCAGACUGUGGUCAAACUCACUGUGGUGCCAUGUCCCCCCGUUGUGGAAGUAAAAAUCAAAAGGCCUGACACUAAAUACCAACUUGGGUUCAGUGUGCAGAAUGGAGUUAUUUGCAGCCUUUUACGUGGGGGAAUAGCUGAACGGGGAGGCGUCCGAGUUGGACAUCGAAUAAUUGAAAUAAAUAGUCAAUCUGUAGUAGCAGUUCCACACGAGAAGAUAGUAAAUUUGUUGGCUACUUCAGUUGGAGAGAUCAAUAUGAAAACGAUGCCGACUUCUAUGUUCCGACUCCUUACCGGGCAGGAGAAUCCUCUCUACAUCUGAUUGGAGAAAGUGCCGUUAUCCACGCUUUGUGCAACAUAUUACAAUAUUUUAUCCCAGUCCAGAUAUCUACUAUUCAACCAAUGCUAAUGACGACGAUGAUGCCAGAAAACAAGAUCAAAUUCUUCGGGAACUUUAUAGCAUCCCUAACUUAUUGCAUGUCACAAGCUUAUUCGGAUUCCGUAUAUCACAGCCUGGAUAAACUUUAUCCCACAAUGUGUGACAUUCAUAAAUUUAAUUAUAAUAUGUGUGCGAAUAUCGUAUUGUAAAUCUGUAAUAUUGCAUUACAUUAUGCCAGCGAAAUUGGCAACUAUGUAUGUCAUUUCAUUUUGUUUAUACAAGUAGUAACAUUUACUAUGUGUUAAGUAUUCCUUGUAAACUACUCGAUUUCGCAAUAUGAUGUCAAAAUACUUGAUGCUUAUGAUAUCAGAAAGGAUUUUUAAUGUUUUCAUUUGAAGAUAUUUAAUUUUAGAUUGUAAUUGGGUUUCAAAUGCAAAAACAGCAAACUACUUAUCUAUCAAUAUACCUACUUAUACACUUGUUCUCUUCAUUUGGCUAGUGUAGGUAAGAGGUGCCUUGCUUUGGUUCUGGGAUCAAGGAUUGCAAAGAAAGUUGUGUUUUUUAAUGAGGGAUUGGCUGGAAUGGAAUGGCGGAUUCAAAUAUUUAAUCUCAAAAUAAUUUUUUUUGUGUUUCCUUAAAAAUCAAUUUCUACGUGCCCGGUGCAUAAUAUUUAAUACUCUUUUGAUCUCUUUAAAGUAUUUUGUUCUCACAAUUUGUCAGAUCGAUCGUGUGCCAUAUCACUAGUUUACAUGCUUUGCUCCAAGGCAAAGCCAUAAUAUGAGGACUGCCAAAACAAGUAUUAUCAAUAAUUGAUAAAGGGCAAAUCAUUCAUACUCGGUUAAUAAUUUCUCGUUUGUAACUUUUGUUACUUCAAAAGAUGCUAAAAACCACGAUGCUAAUUGUACAUACUAAUAUCAAUAGACUAAGCAUUGACAAUUACUUAUUCCUGAUGAAUGUAUCUAUCAAACAUACUUGGCUUUGCUGAAAAUCAUUAAGAGAUGAAGGUUACCUUUUAUUGUUUACCAAUGUACUAAUCUAUGUAAUCUCCAAUAUAUAUAUAUAUAAAUAUAUAUCUACAUAUAUCUCGCUGAUUCCAACGGAAAUCUCGCUUAUAAAUAUCAGUACCAAUAAUAUCCUGCUAUCGUAUGUGAAGAAAGUAAUAUUAUUGUAAUCAUAAUUUCCUAGUGUAGUGAUAUCUGUGGCUGGUUACAAUGUGGUUGGUAUAGUCAACACAAGAUAUCCAAGUAGAUCUAAUAAUACGAGAAAACAAACUGAAUGGCAUCAUGUCAUGGUUCACUUAAAUAUCUAAUAAUAACCACAAGCAACUAUAGAGAUUUAUAUGUUAAACAGUGUACCGUAAAGUUAUUCCAUUAUUAUCUAAACCUGCAAAAUGAAUGUGAAUGCAAAACAGUCUAUUAUGUCUAUACUGCAGAUCUAUUGCUGUUGAAAAAUUUGUAACAAAAUAAUAAAUUUCAAGACCAGUAAUGAUGUAAAAAAA